AUGGCAAAGAAGACGCAGUUAUUUGCCAUUUUCCAAGCAUUUUUGGCUCGUCUGCUGUUUUUCGUGCACAGCUUUGUGGCCAUCUGGAGAUGUACUGACGUGUUGGGUAAUUCCAAGCUCUGGCUUCUCACGCUGUCCCACGUGGCCCUCAUCAUUGAGACGUUGAUUACGUGCUGUUUUCUGAUUAUUUUGUUGUCUUCUUUACUUAGGUUCAGUCCCGCCAUUUUCAUCUUCCUAAGUGCGAGUGUGCCACCUAUCUGGUUCCUGGAAUUGGAUCGGCUGGACAAGUACGCGACCUCUGUGGGACACAACAAUAUCACCGCAGUCACAGAAUCCCUCUCCAACAUUCAAGGGAUCACGAUCCCAUUAAAACUGUCCCCCAGUUUGUGGGUGACAGUCAUCGAGCAGAUACUUCUUCUCUUCCUCAUUCUGGGCCGCUGGAUAAUGCCCAAAGGGGAGAUAAGUCGUGAUGCCUUAUCUCAACUCCUCUUCGUUUACAUCGGUAUGUCGUCCGAUAUCAUGGAACUCUUCGUCUUGUUUGAAGAGGAACAGGUGCUGCAGGAUACCUACCUUUCUUACGCCAUCCUUACCGUGUGGACGGUAAGCCUGCUACAAUUCUGUAUGGUCUUAACUGCCACUAAAAACCCAAAGAAGACCAGAGUAACCCUUUCAAACACAAACGAAAAUACCAGAGCAGCAGAAUGUAGGCCUACAGCUUGCUGUGGUAAGUUUUGCACCACGGAGGUCUGGAGUAUUUUCGUGUCGUUGUUUUUUCAGGACGGACCAUUUCUUGUUGUUCGUAUGUAUGUUAUGGUAAAAUAUUACCUGAUUACGUACAAUACGAUAUUCUUUACCUGUAAGAACAUGUUGGUCGUAGUACUCCUCCUCUAUCGUGUAUUUGUCGUCUGUACUCGGGUGCCGGGCGAAGAGGAGUCGGAAAAGGAGACAGUCCAUCAAGUGACGGUCCAAAACAUGCAGAGGAAUCAAAAACUGAACAGCAUUGGCCUAUCCGCAAGGACACCGUCACCAGAAACUGUGGCACCGUCUGGGGAAAAGCUCGGUCUGGUGUUCCAAAGCCAAACUUCAGGCAUGUUGGGCUACCACACGCCCAAGUUCUCCGUCCCACUGUGAACCGUCUCUACAGGAAUUUGACGUUGUGAGCAAACUAUUGUAUGACUUUUUCUGUACAAAAUGCAUCACAAAUGCACAAGAGAUAUAUCUGUACAAACAGAAACACAAUGGUGGUUUUCUGUAUUCUCCGUAAUGACCCAGAAGCCUCUCACCAAUGUGGACGCUGUAAGUUCAAGUGCAGCUCAUGCUGGCUUCCUCUCCGGCCGUAAGUGAGAAGGUCUGCAGCAACCUGCGAAUGGUCGUGGGUUUCCCCCGGGCUCUGCCCGGUUUCUUCCCACUAUAAUGCUGGCCGCCGUCGUAUAAGUGAAACUUUCUUGAGUACGGCGUAAAACACCAAUCAAAUAAAUAAAUAAGUCCUGUAUUCUCAUUGAGAGAUGAGCGCUGAGCCGAUUAAACUCACAUAAACUGUUAUGAGGGAUUCACAAGCAGGCGGUGCCCAGUAGUCUCGCCGAUGAGAUAACUAUUGAGUUGGACAAUUUGAUUCUAAAUCCUGUUACACAUCUCUGAACUGAUGUGAGUCAAUAGGAUAGGACAGACGGUCUGAAGUCAAGUAAAUGUGGGGUUUUAAAACAAGAAGAAAUAAAUGCCUUAUGAAUUUAUGAUAAAUAAGUUAUAUAUGAAGAUUAUUUUGUUUAGAUGCGUAGUGUUUUUGUUCAGCAGUUGGACUAAAUCAAAGUUAGCUUACAACAACCUGUAAGGUUUAUGGAAGGUAAUGGUAAGCAAUAGAAACUAAUCAGAUGAAUGGAUACUACUAUGUAUGAAGUAGCCUAGGAUCCAGCUUACAUGUGAAAGACCAUUCUGGUUUGUUAGCCAGACUUUGGCAAUAGAUGCUUCCAUUCCCAAUAAGAGUUGUCUAACACGUGCUGGCGAAGAACUCACACAAC